AUGGAGACAGAUGUUCACAUGGACGCAAUGUGGCACGACUGUGACGACUAUGCGGAUGUAGACGAUGGUGAUGAUUUUAGUGAUGAAGAUGAGGAAGAAGAGCACUUCUACGAGGCCGUUGCUGAUGACAACGAGGAUGAUGAUGAUGAUGAUGACAUUGGUGGUGAGAAUGGAGAUGGCACCCAUGGUAAGAAUGUCGGUGGUGAGUCGGAACAAAAUACAGAUCAUUUUGAGUCGCGCCUUCCUCAUGAGUACACGCAUCAGAAUGUUGACGACAUGCGUGUCAAUAUGAAUCUGUGGCCUAAAGAAAAUGCAAUAUGGGAAGCUGGCAAAGAGUUUGAAUUGGGGAUGGUUUUUAGUUCGAGGUUGCGUGCGUCGCUUUUAAAAGGCGAGACAGAUUGGAUGAUAACAAGAUAUAACGGCCCCCACCAAUGUAGCGGCCAAUCAAUGAACCAAGACCAUCGCAAUUUAAGAGCGCGACGGAUAGCUGAACACAUCGACACGCAAUUGCAACGUGACAUUAGGAUUAAAACGCUUCGAGAGGGGAUUUUUCAAAAACUGCGAGUUAGGCCUGGAUAUAAAAAAACUUGGUAUGCCAAGAAAAAGGCCAUUGCAAACAUGUUCAGAGAAUGGGACGACUCUUUCAAGGAGAUUUGCAAUUUUAUGACGAAUGUCACCGUUGCUAAUCCCAGGACAGUCUGGCAUGCUACCGGUACACCAAUUGAAAACAAUUCACAAUUCAGAACUUUCAAGCAUAUGUUUUGGACUUACGAGCCAGUGAUGAAGGGUUUUCAGUAUUGCAAGCCUGUGGUGUACAUCGACGGUACCCACACAUAUGGAAAAUACGAAAUGACUUUGCUGAUUGCUUCUGCAAUUGAAGGGAACAAUCACAUCAUGCCGAUAGCUUUUGCCAUUGUGAAGUCGGAAACUGCCGCAUCCUGGAGGUAUUUCAUGAGGAUGUUGAAGAGGUAUGUUUUGGGUGAGCGAAAGGUGUGUAUCAUAUCUGAUCGAGGCUCCGGUAUUAUGAGUGCCAUGGAGGGGCCUGAGUGGGCGGGUGAUACCCACAAGUGGUGUAUUAGACGCCUAGUGAGCAACUUUUCCACAACGCCUUCAAGAAAAAAUAUCUCAAGAAGCUUGCUGAAAAAACUGGACGCGCAUACCAAGAGCAUAAAAGAGAUCGGUACAUGUCAUUGA